GCUGCAGCCACCAGCUGAGUUCCUUAUUUGGGGCUUGGUGGAGCCAGGCACUGCGGCUUUGGUGGCAGCGCUGAGGGGCCCCCUCACUGCCCCAUCAUGGUUUCUGCUCUCACCGUCCUCUUCCUCGGCUGCUGGCUGGCCGGGCAGAGCAAAGCGUCUAGAGAGCUCCCUGAGCCCAGACCCUCCAUCUCCGUCAGCCCCAGCGGGGUGAUCGUCCCGGGGGCAGCCGUCACCAUCCGCUGUCAGUGUCGGUGCGAGGCCAGGAGGUUAUUUCUGUAUAAAGAUGGAAUCCAAAUCCAGGAGCUGGACGCUGCUGGGGACGGGGGUGAAUUCACCAUCCCCAGCGCCAGACGGGAAGACGCAGGGUUCUACCACUGCAGAUCUCGCUCCAGAUCGGAGCCGGAGCCCCAUGAUUACCUGCGGAUUGUUGUAGCAGAGCUCAGCUACCCCAAACCCUCCAUCUCCCUGAGCCCCAGCAGGGGAGUCACCCUGGGGAGAACUGUGACCAUCCGGUGUGAGUGUCGAUGCCAGAAAGCGACGUUCCUCAUGUAUAAACUUGGAAACCCGGACGUACGGCGCUGGGCAGAGACUGCUGGGGACGUGACUGAGUUUACCAUCCACAACGUGAGCCGGAGACACACAGGGAGCUACAGCUGCCAAUAUGGCACCAAAUUGGACCCCUCCGUCUGGUCGCAUCCCAGCGACCCCGUGGAGCUGAUGGUAGCAGGGGGAACCAACCUGACUCAGCUGAUAACGGCGCCGGCUCCGACUCACCCAGGCAGUGCGUGGCCAGGUACUGGGGCUGGGGGCAGGAAAUCACCAUCAACUCCCCCAGAAACAGGUGGAACGGAACCAAGCGCAGCACCGGAGCUGAGCAGUCCUGUCAUCGCCGGGGUGAGCGCGGCGGCCGCCAGCCUCCUCCUUCUCCUGGGCAUCCUCUGCCACAGAAGAACCCGAGGAAGGAAAGGACCAACACCAAGAGAGAGCAGAGAGUCCAAGGCUGCAGCCACAGUCGACACCCUUAUGUGCCAAGGGAAGCAGCUGGAUGUCCUGCCCCAGGAGCCUGGGACCGAGGGACUCACCUACGCUGAGCUGGACUGCCAGAUGCUGCAGGUCAAGCAGGGGGGGCCGGCCCGUGCCCCCGAGCCUGUCCUGUAUGCCGCCAUCAACGUGAGCUAGGGCCCCCACGGGCAGCACCCCCGGGACGCAGGGGGCACCCUCCCCCCCAUAGUGUGAUCCUGGGGGGGAGUCACCUCACACAGAGAACAGAUUACGUGUAUAGCCCCCCCGGAAACCCUCCAACAGCUGGUGCUGCCCCACCCAGCCCCACAUGUGGAGGGUCAUGGGGUUCAGCACCAGGGGAGGGACAGGACGCAGCAAGGAGGCUGUUUGUGUUAUUUUGCAUCCUGUUAAUCUCCAGAUUUGUAAUAAACACAGAACCACAAACUGCCCCCCUCAGGUACCCCACAACCCCCCUGUCUCCGCGCUGGCAGUGUGUGUCACACCUGGGGCAGACAGGAUCGCUUCUCCCAUUUUCCAGGCGUGCCCCUUACCCAGGUGCUGGAUAUAACUUGAGGGCUGGGUUAGGGGCCUGCCUGGGACAUGGGAGAAGUGGGGGAACAGAAACUUGUGACCUAAAAUUGGGGUUGUCGGAAAUGAAGCUUCAUUGGUGGAUAAAAUAUUGCGGGGAUGGGCUGUGCCAUCCACCACCCUUUGGGGGCCUUAAAGAAAGAGAGUCACUUCAACAUCCUGGCUGCCAACCCCUGUCUCCUGGGCCCCCCGGGCCGUCCGGACCCUGCUCCGCAGAGACAUCCUGAGCAGAGCGGCUGGAGAGAGGGACCCCAAUGCCAUCGCCCCUCCCCCGGCUGAACCCCCAACCCGGGAGGAAACCGGGUCAGACUUUAACAGCAGCCGCAGCGAUACCGGCUCCAGCCCAGCUCCGCCGGCUCCUCUGCCCCCCAGGACAAGUCGCUAGCGUCUCUGGGGCCAGCGGGGAGACGCCCAAACCUGGGGGAUUUUCCAGCUAGAGACUCGCUCCAGCGAACGAUGUUGGGGCUGGAACAAACCCCGCGUUUCACACGGUGCCUGCCAUGGCUCCCCUGGUUCCUGCUCUGCUGUAACAGCCAGUCCCAGGGGUCAAUGGGGGUUUGCCGUGGAGCUGAGCAGGCUGCGGGCUCUGGACCCUGCCCCUGGCUCGUGUUUAACCCUGUUCAGUGUGGGGCAGGGUCUGGGGCGUGUUCGCACCUUGGCUCUUUAUUGCAUCUCCAUGAACACAACAGGACAGAGAGCGAUUUAGCCUCUGGCUCUUCUGGGCCCCCCCAUGGCUGGCGUUUGGGGGGAGCCAGGUGCGGGAGAGCCAGGAGUUUGAGGGAAGUAGGUUGAGGGUAUUGGGAGGGGGGUUGAGGGCAGAGGGGCUGGGAUGGGGGACAGGAGUUUGAGGGCAGACAGGCUCCCCCUGCAGAAGGUCAGAGCUGUGGGGGGCAGGAUUGUUGGAGGGUCUGAGGAGGAGGGGAAGGCAGCACCCCCUGAGUACCCUCUGAGCUGCCACUUCUACCCCCAGCAGUCUCCCCUGUCACUGCCCCCUGCUCAGCCUCCCCCCCAUUCCAGCCUCCUCAGCCUCAGGGUCCCCCAUUUUCUUUUCUGUCCCCUCAGUGUUCUCCCCACACAGUCACCCCUUCUCCUCUGUAGCGGUGGUCCCGGUGGGAGCUAGCUGAGGUCACUCCAUCAGGGUGAAUUGCAAACAGAACGGGGCGGACAAACCCCACAAGCUGGUGGAUAUUCCAAGAUUUAGAUUUCCCAAGCCAGCACAAAACAGCUUCGGUAUCACCUCCCUGGUUACUCAGAAGUCCAAACAACACAGUUCCCUUAAAGUGCCCAGCCUCAGGCCUCCAGCCAGUACCCACAUCAACAUAUGAUGUUGUCAUAAAUAUAAAGGGAAGGGUAAACAUCUUUAAAAUCCCUCCUGGCCAGAGGAAAAACCCUUUCACCUGUAAAGGGUUAAGAAGCUAGGAUAACCUCGCUGGCACCUGACCCAAAUGACCAAUGAGGAGACAAGAUACUUUCAAAUCUGGAGCGGGGAGAAACAAAGCUUUCUCUGUCUGUGUGAUGCUUUUGCCAGGGACAGAACAGGAAUAGAGUCUUAGAACUUAGUAAGUAAUCUAGCUAGAUAUGCGUUAGAUUCUGUUUGUUUAAAUGGCUGAGAAAAUAAGCUGAGCUGAAUGGAAUGUAGAUUCCUGUUUUUGUGUCUUUUUGUAACUUAAGGUUUUGCCUAGAGGGAUUCUCUAUUACCAUCCUGAUUUUACAGAGGUGAUUCUUUUACUUUUCUUCUUCAGUUAAAAUUCUUCUUUUAAGAACCUGAUUGCUUUUUCAUUGUUCUUAAGAUCCCAGGGUUUGGGUCUGUGUUCACCUAUGCAAAUUGGUGAGGAUUUUUUUCAAGCCUUCCCCAGGAAAGGGGGUGUAGGGUUUGGGGAGGAUUUUGGGGGGAAAGACGUUUCCAAGCGGGCUCUUUCCCGGUUAUAUAUCUGUUAGACGCUUGGUGGUGGCAGCAACAAAGUCCAAGGAAAAAAGGAAAAUAGUUUGUACCUUGGGGAAGUUUUAACCUAAGCUGGUAAAAAUAAGCUUAGGGGGGUUUCAUGCAGGUCCCCACAUCUGUACCCUAGAGUUCAGAGUGGGGAAGGAACCUUGACACUUGCUAAUAGCUGUUAGCAAAGAGAGCACACCCAAUCAGACAGUGAAUUCUCUUAAGCAAGAGAAGUCAAGGUUUGAUCCUUCAGGACAAGGAGGAAAGGAGAGACCUUAAUUUUGCAAAGGAGAGCCAUGAGUUAACCCUAAAAGGCCCAAACCCCAGUGGCAUUGAGCCAAAGGUGUGGCAAGACAAACAUGAUUGUAGAUGGAUACUUGCAAUGAAUUUGUUGUUGUUGCUAAUGGUAAUUUUUGUAACUAAUGUGUUGCUAUUACCAAGAACUGUAAAAAUGUCCAAUGUGCCUAAUCUUUUGAAAAAAACCUUGAACAUGUUAAAAGAAAUACAUGAAAACACACUUUGUUAAAAGGCUUUGUUAUACUGAUGUUUCACAGUUAAUACCUGUAAAUGUUAUUGAAACUUUUCACAGGGGAAAAGACAUUCCAGGCCUGAUGUGCUGUAUGAAAAGGGAGACUGAGGCACACUACCAGAUUACUUUCAUGGCUAAAUGCCAAGAUUCCUAUUGUAUGGACAACAUUAAUAUCUACAUUGUCUUGAUAUUAAUUGGGUUCCAAACAUUUGCCAGAGCUUGUAUGGAUAAAGUUGCUAUGUUCUUUAGCUCUUGGGAAAAUCACGAGACACACAGGAACCAUGCUGCAAGAGCAGAUCCAAUCCACUAUUGUUCUACCUUGAGUUUGUAAAGAGAUUCAAUCAUGUUAUUGAACAUGACUUUGAUAAAUCAUUUCUGUUAUACGCUGGUACGGCUUCUAACCCAAUACUAGCUGUAGUAAAACAGAACCAAGGGUGGGGAGCUCUUGGGAUGCAGUCAGUGAUGUUUGUGUCAUCCCUUCUUGCAUCAAUUUUGCGUUGGGGAGUGGGGGUAGGGGGGUGAGGUUAUUCACAUAACCUGUGACGGUAUAGAUCAUUGUUGCAACCACUGUUAUAUAUUUGCAGCAAAUAUUGUACAAAGGUUGUUGUGUAAGAGGUUCCACUCCCUGCUCUUCCAAAGCCCUGGCUGGGAUGAUUUAACUGGGAAUUGGUCCUGCUUCGAGCAGGGGGUUGGACUAGAUGACCUUCUGGGGUCCCUUCCAACCCUGAUAUUCUAUGAUUCUAUGAUUCUCUUGUGUUAUGUCUGUUUUAACUCCUCGUCUCGUAGUUGACACCCAUACCGAUAAAAAAGUUAGUGAAGCACUAUGAUUUGCUAAAAGUUAUCUACAAUAAGGGGGGUAGAUGAGCAUGCCUAUAGAGAAAGAGGAUUUUAACUAAUAUAAGGGAGGGGUGGGCUGCUUUAUGAAUAAAUUUGUGAUGCGACGGAACUGUUUAUAAAAACCUAUUAGUUUUACUUAGAGGCUGCUGGUUCUCUUUGGAGACGGGCUGCUCUCUAUUGUUCUGUGCACUCUUCAAUAAAGAGCUUUGUGUUCAGAC